AUGAGCACCACUAAUCGUCGAAGUAAUAUUCGUGCGUCUCAGCUUCAAGACUUACCUUCUCCUGAAAAUCCAAAAACUGCUGGAUUGUCAACUUCAAAAUCUCUUAUCAUUGUUGCUAUAAUUUUUAUUUUGUCUUUGACUGCUUUGGGCCUCCUUUACAAACAAUUUCCUGAACUGGAAGAGCAUGAAAAGCAACAUUUAAAAUUACCAUGGGAUUUAGAAGAAGCUAAAGGGUUAGGUUUGAUCUUGAACCGAUAUAAGGACAAAUAUUUUUAUGAAGUAUUACUGGGAGUAUUUUUAGUAUAUAUAUUCUUGCAAACAUUUGCAAUUCCUGGUUCAAUAUUCUUGAGUAUUUUAUCAGGAUUUUUAUUUCCUUUUUAUUUAGCAUUACUUUUAGUUUGUUGUUGCUCGGCAAUAGGAGCAAGUUUGUGUUUCUUUUUAUCAAAUCUCGUGGGGAAAAAAAUAGUUAAGAAGUUUUUCCCAGAGAGAGCUGCACAAUGGUCAAAAGCUGUGACAAAACAUAAAAAUAACUUGCUAAAUUAUAUAAUAUUCUUAAGAGUAACACCAUUUUUUCCUAAUUGGUUUAUAAAUAUGACCGCUCCAGUUAUUGGUGUGCCUCUUAUCCCUUUUGCUUUGGGAACUUUUAUAGGAGUUGCUCCACCAUCAUUUGUAGCAAUACAGGCUGGACAGACCUUAAAUACAUUGACUUCUACAAGUGAUGCCUGGUCAUGGACUUCAGUUACCAUAUUGAGUCUUUUUGCUCUGAUCUCGUUAAUUCCAGUUUUACUUAAACAGAAACUAAGACAAAAAUUUGAA